CCUGCCAUCUGCUCUCUACUGGGAUCCCUGGCCUGGGGUUUCUUGCCUGCUCAGGAGGAGUCAGGGCCCCGGCCUUGACGGCCAGUGCACUGGGUCCUGUUCCCCCCAUACCCCAUCUCCGGCUGAGCACAGGGCAGGAGGGAGAUCAGACUCCUUGAAGCCCACCUACCCAAGGGCCCCACACAGCCUCGCUGGGAAGCAGAAAACUCCCUGGUGACCACAGUUUCCUCCCUCCGCCCCGCCCACUCUGUGCGCCUGCACUUCCCCCCAGCAGGAUAUGGGUGCAGGGUGUGGUCGGGUGGGAGGGGAGGAGGCAAGCGUUUCCUGUACUGCUUGUCCAGUGCGUAUAGUGUGCAUAGAAUGAAUGACUGAGGCAGGAGGCCACGGCCUGGGCACACAGCUAUGGGGCCGACCGAGCAGAAUCUUCCCUGCGUGAGCGAGCAGGCAGCUCUGGGCGAGUGAGGCCGGCUCCAUGUACCCAGAAUCGACGACCGGCUCCCCGGCUCGGCUCUCCCUGCGGCAGACGGGCUCCCCCGGGAUGAUCUACAGUACUCGGUAUGGGAGCCCCAAAAGACAGCUCCAGUUUUACAGAAAUCUGGGCAAGUCCGGCCUGCGAGUGUCCUGCCUGGGGCUUGGGACAUGGGUGACGUUUGGCGGCCAGGUCACCGAUGAGAUGGCAGAGCAGCUCAUGACAUUGGCAUACGACAACGGCAUUAACCUCUUUGAUACCGCGGAAGUCUACGCAGCUGGCAAGGCUGAGGUCGUGCUGGGGAACAUUAUCAAGAAGAAGGGGUGGAGGCGAUCCAGCCUCGUCAUCACCACCAAGAUCUUCUGGGGCGGAAAAGCAGAGACAGAGAGGGGCCUUUCCAGGAAGCACAUCAUAGAAGGUCUGAAAGCAUCGCUGGAACGCCUACAGCUGGAGUACGUGGACGUCGUGUUUGCCAACCGCCCGGACCCCAACACGCCCAUGGAAGAGACCGUGCGCGCCAUGACCCACGUCAUCAACCAGGGGAUGGCCAUGUACUGGGGCACGUCUCGCUGGAGCUCCAUGGAGAUCAUGGAGGCCUACUCAGUGGCCCGGCAGUUCAACCUGAUCCCGCCCAUCUGUGAGCAGGCGGAGUACCACAUGUUUCAGCGCGAGAAGGUGGAGGUGCAGCUCCCGGAGCUGUUCCACAAGAUAGGAGUAGGCGCCAUGACCUGGUCGCCUCUGGCCUGCGGCAUCGUGUCGGGGAAGUAUGACAGUGGCAUCCCGCCCUACUCACGAGCCUCCUUGAAGGGCUACCAGUGGCUGAAGGACAAGAUCCUGAGUGAGGAGGGCCGGCGCCAGCAGGCCAAGCUGAAGGAGCUGCAGGCCAUCGCCGAGCGCCUGGGCUGCACCCUGCCCCAGCUGGCCAUCGCCUGGUGCCUAAGGAAUGAAGGCGUCAGCUCCGUGCUCCUGGGUGCGUCCAAUGCUGAGCAGCUGCUAGAAAACAUCGGGGCCAUCCAGGUCCUUCCAAAACUGUCCUCCUCUGUCAUCCACGAGAUUGAUAGUAUCCUGGGCAAUAAACCCUACAGCAAAAAGGACUACAGGUCCUAAGCGGCGCCCGCCCGCCGGACAGUCUCCGUGCCCCUCCUAGUCCUGUCCACUCGCUUACGCCGCCCCGAAGCCAAGUGCAGAGUGUGGUUUGCAUCCAAAGAAAACAGCACGCAAAGACGUCCUCGGGAGCCGAAGUCGCUGCAGACACCACCCACCGCUUCCCCGGCCGCACACGGGGCUGCUGCCGGGCCAGGCCCGCUGUCAGGGUCAGGGUGCCCGGCCACCCCUGGCACCUCUGCCCAUCCAAGAAGGGACCACCCACUUCCUCCCAGCCAUAGCCCUUCACAGGGCCUCUCCAAGCUGAGGCCAGGCCAAGCCUGGGAAGGGCAGGGGUAGCAUUUCCUGGGGCCGCUCUGGUGUUCCUGGGCGCUGGGACAGGGCAAGGCCACCCCGUCACUCCCUUUCCAGGGGCCUCUGGUGCUUUCUGCUGGGCCUGGCCUCAGCUUGCCCUCCCAUCCUUCACCAAGGGGAGCUGGCCCUUGACCUUCACCCCAACCCACCCCUACCCUCACUGACAGGGGCAGGGGACCCCAGGGUGUCUGGCUCUGUGGCACAGAAACCUCAAAAUGUUUGGAGAUCUGAUCCCUGCCACGUGGGUGGAAAGGCCCAGGGUGCUGGGCACGGGUGCCCAGAGCGCUUCGGAGGGCACAGUGCAGUGGGUCCCUCUGUGCCAGGCACUCUUAGCUGGAGUGAGGAUGCUGACUGCAUGGUC